AAUAAGCUGAUAGUCGAGCUAUGUAGAACUGUUUUCCAUGCUAGAUAACGAGUCACUACAAUAUUUACCAUUCUCAUCAUUGGGAAAAGACGACGACGUCUAAUGGCCAAUGUCGUCAUCCCACCUCCCACGAGCGCAGGCUCCGGUUGGAUACCGGACCUGUCGAUCACGGGCUCUCCCAAGUUCGGUUGCCCAGCAGCGUUUCUGAUGCCCAAUUUUAUGGACGAAGAGGAGUAGUCUCAAAAACCAGAUCAUAGGCAACAGCCGAAGCGUUUAAAAAUUGUGGAAGACUAGAAGAGGAGUAUAUAGAUAACAUGGGCAAGGGAGAAUAGCCUCUGCCUGUGCUUUACUAGGGUAUAGCAUUUCUUUAAUAUUAUGUAUUAUUAUUUAUAAUAUUAUAAAUAUCUCCAUAUUCUGCGACACCUUGCAUUGAGCAAGGGUUCAUUUCGACAUGAUGCGCCAUGUAAGGGCAGAGGAGGACGAUGUUAUUACGGUGUAAUAACGAAGAAGAGCUCACUAAUGGACUAACACUGCUAGCCAGUGCAUCGCAGAUAGCAACAUUGUAGCGUUCAUCCAUACUGCAUCUCUCCUGAAUGUGGAUGUUAUUUUUUUCGCGAGAGCUUGCGUUUCGCUUGCACCGGGAACGCUGACAAGGGUUGGGACCUGUUCGGGAGCAUUUUGGUCAAAUGCAGCGACUGAGAGAGCAGCAGUACCGACGACCGGGGCACGUGAAGGUGCACAUGGACCUCUGAGAGGAAUCCCGUGGAUCUCGAAACGAACCGGCACAUUUAACGUUUCAUGUUUAGUCUAGGCCUCCUCCUCUCACCUGGCACCCAGCGCGCUGUUCUGUUCUCAACGCAGGUGUUUUGUUGAUAGCGUUUUAUAUUUCUCAACUGGGUCUUUAAAUGAGCCAGAAUAGGUUAUGAGGAUGAUGCCAGCUGAUAUCGAAUCACUUCUCUGGGGAAUAUAGGAAAUCGGUCCAUCUGAUCCAUUAUCAUUAGCCAAAUGACUUCUCCAGAUUACGGUUUCAUCAGUGUUUAACGAUUAGGAACGGAACGCGUGGAGUUUAGAUAUGACAGUUGGUUAUUACGGAGUAAGGUGGAUCAGGCCAUUUCUACAGUGCCACAUAAUAAACAGAGAGCACACGAGAGCAACCCUAUAAUGCUACGUACGACGCGCGGGUGUUGAUUUGGAUAGAUCAAACCCUCUAGUCUAUUUGGAAAUGCGCAUGUACAAUCUAGAACUGUGACUCGCUCUGUUUAGUGUUUACUAUGUCAUGGAAACUCACUGCACGCUGUCGUGGGAGCGAAAGUAGUAGGAUACUUAUUUAGCCGUGAAUUGGCAGCCUUUAGAAUAGAAACACGUCUAUUUUACAAUUGUACGUUUUCUGAUUUUUUCUGUGGAAAGCCGCUCAGCUGUGCCCUCGAAUUCGCCUUAAUCUGGGGCAUGAUCCUCGUGUGAGAAAUCGUUGAAAUAAUCAGCGUCUGGGUGUCAACGAGGCUAGAGCGAAUAGGAGAUUUGGCUAGAUUAUCGCUGGACUGCUAUUUUGUUCCCUUGGUCGAACACUGACCGAACCGUGGCUUCUGAUCUGCCGCCUUUUCCCUGCCCAAACUGCCACCGCAGAGCGCCUGGAAUGCGACUUGGGGACCCUUUCUUCGUUUUUUCUAGGAGUUUGUCUCCGUGGACAACGGUUCUCUUGCAGAGUAAGAACGCAAAUAAUAGCUCAUUUACAAUUGAUAAAGUUAGUCUAUAGCAAUGAUAUGAAGCGAGUCUGGAGCGCUAUUUUACGGUCAAAUUUGGAGCAUCAGAGAAUGCGUUUUUUUCAUUUAGAACUCAACUAAAUUCACUGUUGGCUUUAGUGUCGGACAAUGGAUACACCACGGAUGGACUAGGGGACUACACCUCGAUCUCAUCCAAGGAGUACCGGUUAGACACGAUUACUUCAGUAACCUACUCCUCCAGAACCGCGGACGGUUAGUUCGGUUAACGAGCAUCAGGCAUUCUCCCCAUUCUGCAGCCGGUAAACGGAUGAUGUUUGAGCGAGGAUGCUGCGCUUCCCCGUGAAGAAAAUUCGGAAGCAGUUCAAACUCCUUCUGCUGCUUGUGCUGCUCACCUUUGCCGUGUGGUUCACCUACCUACACAUCAAUCAAGGCAAAGCUAUCAAACUCCACUUCAACUACGGCAAAGAUGGGGAGAGGCAGUUGGAGGGGACAGACGCCAGCCGGAAGAGGGACGCUCGCUCCUCAGCCGGCCACCACAAGACAGAGGACACCAGCGACAGUCACGAGGACGAUGCUCGGGAGGAUGAGUCCAAUGCUGUUGGAGCUGACCCCAGAGACCAUGCCCACAUCAGGAAGUUUCUCAGCCAGCGCCACAAGAAGUUGCCAUGGAAACCUGAGUUCAAAGGGCAGGCCAACCUCCAUGUGUUUGAGGACUGGUGUGGCUCGUCUGUAGCCCAGCUCCGGAAGAACCUGCACUUCCCUCUAUAUCCCCAUACGAGAACUACGGUGAAGAAGCUGGCUGUGGCUCCAAAAUGGAAGAACUACGGCCUCCGAAUAUUUGGUUUCAUUCAUCCAUACAGAGAUGGUGAUUUCCAGUUUUCGGUGUCGUCAGAUGAUAACUCUGAGUUCUGGGUGAGUCCUGACGAGAGCCCUCUCAAUGCCAGACUACUGGUCUACGUUGGACAGCUGGGGACUGAGUGGACUGCUCCAGGGGAGUUCAGCAAGUUCAGGUCCCAGUCCUCAAAGUCUGUGCACCUUAUCUCAUCCAGACGGUACUACUUUGAGAUCCUUCACAAGCAGGAUGACAAGGGGUCAGACCACGUGGAGGUUGGGUGGCGUCCAUUCCUGCCAGGUCUGAAGUAUGAGGUCAUCGAUUCUGCCUACAUUUCCCUCUACACAGAUGAAUCCAGUCUGAAGAUGAACAGUGUGGACCACAUCCCUCAGACCCUGGCCAGUCACAGUAGACCAGUAGAGGAACAGUCACAAGAGCACAGUCACUUCAGCAGCCAGCACGGAGCAGACAUGCUCAAACCAGACCCCCGAGACACUUUCUAUAGCACCCCUAUGAUCCAGGCAUCUCGUCUGGAGAACGUGCUGCCAGCCUGUCUCUACUCCCCUACCUACGUCGUCAAAGACUUCCCCAUAGCCAGAUACCAGGGCCUACAGUUUGUGUACCUGUCCUUCAUUUAUCCCAAUGACUUUACACGUCUGACACACAUGGAGAGAGAGAACAAGUGUUUCUACAGGGAGUCGCCCAUCUACUUGGAGAAGUUUGGCUUCUACAAGUACAUGAAGAUAGACGAGGAGGACGAUGAUAGACCCUUCUUCUUCCCUAACCCAGACGAUUUCCCGGAAGAGGAGGAAGGGGUGGACCCGGAAGAUGAGGCCGAGAUCGUAGGUACCCAAUCACCAAAUAGGACCGCGCCGCCUAGCCUAUCCAUCCACACCUCCAGACCCACUCUUGGAGAAAGAGAGGGGGAGGAGGAGAACAGUAUUGUGGUCCGUAGAGAGAAAAAACAAUUCCUCAAGAGUGAUGGACAGACAGACAGAGAGUGGGACAAGGACGGGCCGAGGAGAAGAGGGGGACAGACCUCCAGGAGGGGACUUCUAGAGAGACCCGAGGCAGAGAGCGAGGAGCUGCACCCGCAGUCGGACAACGUGGUCCACGGUCGCUCCCUCUCCUGGAUCAGGACGGGUCCCUCUGAGAGGACCCGGGGGCCCGGCAGGAAGGGAGGAGGAGGAGGGGGUGCAGGAGAGGAGACCCCUCCCAAACUGAGUAAGUCGUCCCUGCUCUUCCCCCAGAAGACCUCUCUCUCGGCCCUUGCCAGCCGUGCCAAGAAGAUCCUUAGUAACUCCGCCCCCGGCAACAACGCCGCCAACGCCCAUCUCCAUGAUAACGCUGCCCGUAACCAUGGUAAUGACAAAAACGCUGCCGCCGCCGCCGGCAACAACAACAAUAGGGAAAAGAAGGAUGAAAACAAGAUCUACAUCACCAGGCCGCGGCCGGUCAAAGAAAGGGAGCGAGAGAAGGAGGAGAGGAGGGCGGAGAGGGAGAGGGGCAGGGGUCCGGGGUCGCGUCAUCCGAGAGAGGUCUUUCCUGGGGUGUUUCUGUACCAGAGUGGAAAGACCACCAGACUGGUCAACCUCCAGAGCACUCGAUCCAGGGGGAGAGGGGGAGCGGGGAGCAGGGGGCUUGUCACUGCCCCCCAACUCUGGCCCAAACCCCCACUAAGAGACGGCAAAGCUCCCCCACGUGGCACUAAUGCUAGUGUUAGCAGACAAGGCGCAGUUCACCAGGCAGCCAGCAGGGUGGCGGUAGUGAGGCUCCGAGACAGAGAGAGGAGGAGAGUUAGAGGAGGGGGAAGGGAGCCCCACAUCCCCUCAGAAAGAGAGGCUGCCGCAGACGCCACCUUACCCAGUAAAAGAGGCACCCCAUUGCCCCAGCACCUCCAGCCCCCGCCACCUCAUUCACCCACUCCCCCCAACUCUUUGGAGAAUCCCCAAACUAUCGAGAGCAGGGUUGAAAGCAGGCUAGAAACCAGGGUCACCUCAUACCUCAAAACCUCUGAGAUCACUGAGUCACAGCAAAAGCAACCCGGCCCAGACCAAGAACCCUCAGAACCCGACCCUGAUCCAAUCCGCUCGAACGCUGACCCAGACCCAGAACCAGAGGAGGGUGGGGUGUCCGACUACAGUUACGAGGCUGAAGAGGCGCGUCCAGGCUGGGCUGAGGAGAGCAUCAACUGGCAGAGAACGUUUUCAGUCAACCCCAUGGACUUUGAGCUGCUGCGUUCCGACUGGAAUGACCUGCGCUGCAACGUGUCUGGGAACCUGCAGCUGGCCGAGAGCGAGGUGGUGGAUGUGCUGGCACAGUACAUGGAGAAGCUCAACGAGCGCAACGGAGGUAUUUACACCCUUUUGCGGAUCAUCAAUGUGGAGAAGAGGCGGGACUCAGCCCGGGGAAACCGCUACCUGGUGGAACUGGAGCUGAUGGAGCGCGGUCGGAACGUGGUGCGCCUCUCGGAAUACAUCUACCUUCUCCUCCACCGUGGCCGGUUGGGAGGAGACAGCCUGGAGAACACGGAGUUCAUCCCCGCCUCGGCCCCUGCUGGGUCCCCACCUGGUCUCAUCCUCAGCACCCCCGCACCCCCAACCUCCACACACACCCCUGCCCAGCCCGGGGCCACCCCGUGGGGCACGGCCUACGCCAACCCCCUGCUGUGCCAGCCGGUCAUGCUGCAGUGGCGGAAGGAUGUGAUGGUGCAUUUUGUGGUGCCAGUGAAGAACCAGGCUCGCUGGGUGCAGCAGUUCAUCACAGACAUGGAGGAGCUGCACCGUCAGACUAAGGACGACAACUUCAGCAUCAUCAUUGUCGACUUCGAGAGCACCGACAUGGACGUGGAGCAGGCCCUCCGAGAGAGCACUGUGCCUAGGUAUGAGUACUUGAGAAGAGAAGGGAACUUUGAGCGCUCAGCGGGACUACAGAUCGGAGUGGACACUAUCGAGGACAACCACAGUAUAGCGUUCCUGUGUGACCUUCACAUCCACUUCCCCCUCAACAUCCUGGAGAGCAUCAGGAAGCACUGUGUAGAGGGACGUCUGGCCUUUGCCCCUAUCGUCAUGAGACUGGGCUGUGGCAGCUCCCCGCUAGAGCCUGAUGGCUACUGGGAGGUGAAUGGCUUUGGGCUGUUUGGGAUUUAUAAGUCGGACUUUGAUAAGAUCGGAGGGAUGAACACAGAGGAGUUUAAAGACCGCUGGGGAGGAGAGGACUGGGAACUACUGGACAGGGUACUACAGAACGGUCUCGAGGUGGAGAGGCUGAGACUGAGGAACUUCUUCCACUACUACCACUCCAAAAGGGGCAUGUGGAAUGCUCAGAACAAGAAAACCCCCAAGGGAGGGGGUUAGCUAACGCCCCCCCCCCAUGGGCCUGGAGGACCCAAAACACAUGGCCUAUACCUGCAGCUCCACUGUGUGUGAGGAGAGACCCUGAAUAAGCUUACUUACUGCCUGACUUUGCCUUUUUUAGAUAGGCACUUUUCAGGGAUGCCCAUCCCUGCUUCUCUGAGGAACAUCUUUUCCCUGAGGAUGUUUUUUCCGUCAAUGGAGGACAUUGAGGGGGAAAACCGAGGGAAUCUGUUUUUUAUGUUGGUGUUGACGUCUACCCGGAUAGACUUGACCUUUCGCCUCACUAACAGAACUCAAUGUAGAGGCGAUGUCUUUUUCUUUUUUGGUGCAAUGUUACCUGACAGACUAAAAAAUGUUGUUUAUUUGUGUUUUGUUCAGAGGAAGCAUAUUUUAUUUUCUAGCGAGACAUUUGUAAAGACAACCUAAGAUUUUCUACAAAAACAUCCAUGUGAGGAGAUGUCUGAGGAACGUUAGAAGGACUUUGUGUUGAUGACAGUAUGUUUAUUUGUUUGUGUUCAGGUACGUGCGAACAGUAGUCGUUCCGGAAACGUGUUCCGUCACUCGGGUGUCAAAUUUCAGAUAUUAGUACUGCAACAACAUGUCUGGGUGUUGAAAGUAACAGUGUGUAGUGGGUCUACCUGAUGUGCUUCUUCAUAUAAACCUAACCGGGGUGCUUCAUAUGUACUAUAGAGGCCUAUGAUGCGGUAUGUGCAGCUUUCCCAAAUAUCCUGCUUAUUUACUCCUGAUUACGGAUAUCUUUUAACAUCUUCCAACCUGGGAAUUUUGGGAAAGUUAACCCUAAAUUGUUGCAUAUUAAAUAUAAGCUCUGUUAUGUGUACAGUUCUAUGGGAGGAGGACACAGACACUGGACCGUAUGGAGUGGGGGAUCCACAGUGAGGCAUCAGAUUUAUCAAAGUGCUUUGCAAAACGUACUUCGUUUCACAGUCUAUCCUGCUUUCUUUUGGUCUGUCUUUCUCUCUCUUUUUUUGUUUUUAUUUUCUUAUCUAUUGCUCUCUUUCUCUACAAACUCUCUCUCUCUCUCUCUCGCUUUCGCUAUCUCUCUCUGUUGCUCUCUUUUCUGUUAUUGACAUGGAUUCCUUGUAUCUUUGCUAACAUUGUGCGUUGCCUCGCUGCUGUUUUGUUGGAAGAAUUUUAGGGGAGAGUGGAGUAAGUUGAGUCAAAGGGGUAAGUUGAGCCACCCUUGUUUCUAGGAAACCAUACACCAAAUUAAUAAUUUGACCUAACAUUUAGGAAGAGGUCAUCACUUCAUGGAGUCUAAGAAGGAAGAAACCACAUCGAAAAUUGUGGUAAGCAAUUAGGCCAAAAAAAAAUUGUUUUCACCAUGAAUGAAUUCAUUGUGUUAGAGUUUUCAUGAUGCUUGUAUUUAAACCAAUGUAGAUCAUUUUAAGAUUGUUAAAUCAUUUGGGGUCUAUAUACGCUUCAAUAUGAGGUCCUAAACCUAGCUUGAAAGUGCAUCAUUGUAGCUGUGUGGGCUAAUAUAGUCAAAAUGUUUACUUUGGGGUAAGUUCAGCCAUUGGCAAAUUGAAGUGUUUUCUUCCCAGCCAUAAUUCAAGGCAUUAUCACUGGGAUAUGAGGUAACAACAGGGCCUGGCCUAUGUUAAAUUUGUUUUUUUUUUAAGUACAACGUGUCUGUUAGGUGUUAAAAGAUGCUUAAAAUUAUUUAAAGGCAGAAAAGUGAUUGUGUUGAAUUGUGUUUGGGAAAUAAAGAUAGACAUACUUUUAAAAAUGGAUUAGUAAUAUUUAAAUCAUUGCAAAAAUGUGUAGGUGGCCUAACUUACCCUGUCCUGUGGCUCAACUUGCCCGAUACCUGGGGUAAGUUGUGCCAAGAGACCACUUUUUUUGGACAAGCUAUGUUUUCAUAACUGUAAUGUUUGCAUGAAUUCUGCUUAUUUCCAGGAUUACACAACAUCCUGAAAUGUAUGUAGAUAUCUUUGUUAGAAAGAAUGCUAUAUUUUCCUUCACGGAGUGAUGCAGAAUGUAAAGAAAGGCUCAACUUACCCCACUCUCCCCUUACUAUUUACAGAUGAUAUUGUGCUGUGUUCAUGGUCAGGCUAGCCAACACUAAUGAAUUACUUGACUUAUUACUUGAUACAUUUUAUUAAAAUAUUCCAGGUUGAUCUACUACUAUCCCCUACAGAGGUAUUUCAGAAAACAGAUGCCUACCUAUCUCAGGUCACAGUGAUGAGUGGGUUGAAUAAAGGCACUAAUAUUGGGUUUGGGUGUACUAUUAUUUCUCUCAGACACUGAAUCGGCACAUGGUUUAUCCCCUGAUCGCUCGUUGAUCCUGCUGAUGGUACGCUCCAUUCCCCAGAGUUCUCUGAAAAACUCUCAGAUAUAACUGGAACGAACCAAGAAGUGCACUGGGAAGGGAACAGUGAACAGAGUUUGAAACCUUUUAUUUUUUAUAUUUUUUUUACAUUCAUGCUUUAAGGCCUGUGAUGUUUUAAACAUAUGCUGAAACUUGGUUAAUCAAAGUAUGACUGGGUUUCGGGAUGAAGCUUCAAAUUUCUUUAGCUACAUAAGAAUACUAAACAGAGAAACGCACACAGAGACAGAAGGAGUUACUCAGAGCACUGGAGCUCUUCCCUGAAGAUGUGGAUCUACAUAAAGUCAAACAGAUUUUAUUUGAGUGAGAUUUGGUAGUGCAAGGCCAUUUUACAAUGUGUGCCUUUUAUCCUGGGUUUGGUGGGAGUCUAUAGUUUAGGUAGUGAAGAGGGGAGAAGCAGGGGAAUCAAGAGAAUACCAGGGGCUUUUUCAGAAGUGUCAGAAGUGUCAGAUAGAAAUACAUUUUGUAGAGCAAAAAGGAUGUCCUGUCAGGUAGAAUGAUGGAAUCGUGUCAGUUCUGUACAUUACUUUUCUAUCUGGAACGUUCUAUAAAUGUUACAUCCUACUCAAAAAGCUUGAUACACUGAACAAACAAGUUCCAGGAUACAGAGAGAAUGAGAGAGAGAGGGGGAGAAAGAACGAGGGAUUGUGAGAGAGAGAGAAAAAGAGGGGGGGGUAUAAAAGCUAUAGAAACU